AUGAUUCUAUGUUGCAAAUGUGGAAUUCCCAUUGAGCCAAGGCUAAUGAACAUGUGUGAUAGGUGCCUGACUGCAGAGGUUAGUAUUUCCUCGAAGGUGAAGCGAAGUGUUGCAGUUGAACGAUGCAGAGGGUGUGAGCGAUAUCUCCAGCCUCCCAACAACUGGAUAGAGUUUUCAUGGGGCUCAAGGGAGUUUCUUUUGUUUCUGGUGAAAAAGAACAAGACAUUGAGCAAGCUGUGCAUUGUUGACUCUAACUUUGUGUAUACAGAGCCAAACUCGAAAAAGAUAGUUGUUGGUCUUGUUGUGAAAGAAUCUGGUGUUGAGCAGUCUCUUGAGAUCAGAUACAGUAUAAAGAACCAGCAAUGCACAGACUGUGCAAAAGUUGAAGCCAAGCAGUAUUGGAACAGCCUAGUGCAGGUAAGACACAGGCAGGAGCAUCGAAGAAUGUUUAUAUAUCUGGAGCAUCUUAUUCUGAAAAACGAUGCAUAUGAAGACACGACGAACAUCAAGCAGCGAAGGGGAGGAAUUGACUUUUACUACACUGAUAGGCAUGGAGCAAUUAAGAUGGUGAGCUUUUUGCAGAGUGUGCUUCCGGUUAAAGUGAAGAUGUCUGAAAGGUUGAUAAGCAAGGAUGUGCACACAAGCAAGUGUAACUACAAGUUCAGCUACUCGGUGGAGAUUGCUCCGCUGUGCAAGGACGAUCUUGUUGUCGUUGGCAAGGAUGUUGCAAAGUGCCUUGGAGUGGGAGAGUUGGUAGUGGUGCAUAAGAUAGCUACAAAUGUUGUUUUGUUCGAUGUGAAGCAGAUGAGGAGUGUCAAAAUGACGGGGAUGUUUUACUGGGCCAACCAUGAUGCAUUUAAGGUGCUAAUGAGUUCCAAAGAUUUCAAGAAAUACACAGUUGUAAUGAAGAACAGGCGAAGGAAUGUGGAGGAUGAGUGCUACGACAUGACGGUUACUGAGAAUGGAUGCGACUUUGUUGAAGCCAGGUUUCAUAUAGGAGAUGUUCAAGAAGAUGAUGUGCUGCUGGGAUAUGAUUUGCAGCAUUCUAACCUUGCAGUUGAGUAUGAGAAAGACUCUGAGGUAGUGCUUAUCAGGAAGGAGCCUAAGGGUAAUGUGAAGUGGAAGAUAGAUGUGAAUGAAAGCAAUAUACGAGAGUAUAGGCUGUUUGUGGAUGACAUUGAGAAUGACAAGGAUAUGCUCGAAAGGAUAUGCGAUAUAGAGACGAAGGACUUGGUUGUUGAAGAGCUUGAAAGAUUUAGAAUGGGUUAA